AUGGUAUCGUCUCACCACCGGGUCGGCCCUCCCUGGGUCCAAGGCGCCACUUCAGACGGGAGGUCGAGAUUGUUCGAUUUGAUUUCGUCGGAAAAGUCGGGAGGGUGGAGAAAUUUCUUUGCAGCGGAGACGGCGCCUCCCUCUCGCGUGACGCCGUGGCGCACGGGCAUGAAGAAACAUCACGAACGGGACUCGGUCGUUUCCUUCACUCUCUUUCAUCCGUCCAUCAACUCCAUCUCAUACAUCCAUACUAACGUUACUACGCACCGUGGGCGGCGAGGCCAACUGGAGCCCUGCUUCCCGACCAGUGUCACAGACUUCCUGGAGCGCUAG